AUGGCUACUACUACAAUCAAGGUUGAGAUUAUUGAAAGAAAAACCAUCAAACCAUCCACUCCCACACCUCACAACUUUAGAACUUUCAAGUUUUCCCUUCUUGAUCAAUUCUAUCCUUCAUUCCAUAUCCCUUUGCUUCUCUUCUACCCUGCGAAAGGUGACACCAAUCAUCAUCUGGAUUCUAAACAAAGGUCUAAUGUUCUUAAAGCAUCUUUAUCCAAAACCCUAAGUUUGUACUACCCUUUUGCUGGGCAGAUCAAAGCCGACAAUAUUUCCAUCGAAUGUAAUGACGAGGGAACUAUGUUUGUUGAAGCACGAGCCAACUGCCUUUUGUCCGAUGUUCUACAAAACCCUAGUCCCCAACAACUUCAAAAGUUCCUACCUAUUGAGCUCGAAUUCACAAAAGCAGAAAUAGGUCAUUUACUUUUUGUGCAAGUUAACUUCUUUGAAUGCGGUGGUAUGGCAAUUGGUGUUUGCCUUUCGCACAAGCUCGCCGAUGCAACCACCUUAAUCACAUUCAUCAAGGCGUGGGCUUCCAUAGCACUAGAAUCCGACGAGGUAGUAGUUCAUCCGGAACUUUUUGUUGGAGCGUCGGUUUUUCCUCCUGUAGACUACGCUUUGCCUAUUGUUGAAUCUCCUUUUAUCCAAGAUAAGUCGUGCGUAUGUAGAAGAUUAGUUUUUAGCGCAGAAAAUAUUGCCGCAAUUAGGGCGAAAACUGCUAGUGAAAGCGUGCAACAACCUACGCGUGUAGAAGCUAUAACAGCUCUACUUUGGAAGUGUGCAACAAACUCGUCAAGCUCAAUCCAAGGGACGUCCUCAAGAUCAUCUUUUUGCUUUCAUGCCGUAAACUUAAGAAAGAGGUUAUCGCCGCCCUUGUCAGAAUACUCGGUUGGGAAUAUUCUAGGUGGAAUCACAGCAGAAACAGAAAACACGGAUAUUGAAUUGCCAAGUUUGGUUAUUAAGCUGAGAAAAGAAUUCAAAGAACUCAGAGUUACUACCGAGGUUGUAAAAUUAUUAGGGGACAUAAGCAAAAUGAUGGAAAGCUUGGGAAAAAUGGGUGAUGGAGACUUCUAUAUUUUUAGUAGUUGGUGUAGAAUGCCAGUGUAUGAAGCUGAUUUUGGGUGGGGGAAGCCAAUAUGGGUCACUCUUGUCAAUUUGAAGGUCCCAAAUGUUGUUGUGCUGGUGGAUACAAAGGAGGGUGAUGGAAUUGAGGCCUGGGUUUACUUGGUUGAAGAAGAGAUGUCCUUAUUUGAAUGUAAUCAAGAGCUGCUUUCAUUCGCUUCUGUGAACCCUAGUGUGAUCUAA